AUGGCACCAGGUACUUUAAUCAUUGACAAUGGUGCCUAUACAAUAAAAGCUGGAAUUUCAUAUCCUGAAGCUCGGCCAAGAAAAAUUCCUAAUGCCAUUGUUCGUGGAAAGACCAACAAACAAAAUUAUGUUGGUGAUGAACUUGACGAAUGCACCAAUUACUCUUCUUUAUAUUAUCGAUUACCAUUUGAAAAGGGUUAUUUGGUGAAUUGGGAUGUCGAAAAGACAGUAUGGAAUCGACUAUUUAAUCAUGUAGCCAAGAUCAAGCCAAAAGAAACUCGACUAUUAGUGACAGAGCCUUGUUUCAAUUUGCCCGUGAUUCAAGAGAAUUAUGAUCAAGUGAUCUUUGAAGAGUUUGAGUUUGCAUCCUGCUAUCGAACUAUGGCACCUCAACUGUGUCUAUUUAAUGAGCUUGGUGGAUUAUUUGGAGACAAGAUAGGUUCUAUCCCAGAUUGUACACUCAUUGUCGAUUCUGGUUAUUCCUUUACACACAUCAUACCAUUUCUGAAAGGAAAGCCGGUCGCCAAAGGAAUACGGAGAAUCAAUGUUGGAGGCAAGUUAUUGACAAAUCAUUUGAAAGAAGUGGUAUCUUUUAGACAUUAUGAUAUGAUGGAAGAGACAUACAUUAUCAAUGAUGUCAAGGAAAAAUGCUCGUUUGUAUCUCACGAUGUUUAUAAGGAUUUAAAGACAUCUAGACAACAUCAUCUAAAUAAUCCAAUUGUUCGAGAAUAUGUAUUGCCAGAUUUUGUACAUGCACAGCAGGGAUAUGUUAGACCAGUAAAGGCAAAUAGAGAUAGCCAUGAACAAGUACUCUUGAUGAACAAUGAAAGAUUCAUGAUACCUGAAAUCUUGAUGCACCCCUCAGAUAUCGGUCUAGACCAAGCCGGAAUACCUGAGGCUAUUGUACAAAGCGUCAAUGCCUGUGAUUCAGUCAUUCAUGGUUUGCUGUAUGCAAAUAUUAUUUUGGUAGGAGGCAAUGCGAACAUACCUGGAUACAUGGAAAGGAUUCAACAGGACCUUCGACAGUUAGUGCCAGUGGAAUAUGACAUCCGAAUCGUGACUCCACCCAGCCCAGAUACAUUUGCUUGGCAUGGCGGUAAUACAUUUGUAUCGCUUAGCUCCAAGAGUGAACUGCAAAAGAUAUUUGUACAAAGAAAAGAAUAUUUGGAAUAUGGAAGUGAAAUAUGUAGAAGAAAGUUUGGUGUUUUACGAUAA